UGCUUGCCCUAUGGCGCUGGAAUGGGUUUGUAUUAAGCCCAGUGUCAUCGGAUGGACCAUACCGUGAGUGUGUGGAGCAUACGCCCACUGUCUGAGUGGGAAUUGUGGAAUUCCUUUUUGCCUCUGUUAGCAAUGUGUCCCGGCGCUGGCAGAGUGGAACGGAAUGGAACAGGGGGGCUGACCAAUGUCAUUGUUUCAGAAAUACACAGACAGCCAUGGGAGAAGGAUGGGAGAGAGAGAGUGAGAGAGAGAGACAGAAAGAGAGAGAGAGAGAGAGAGAGAGAGAGAGAGAGAGAGAGAGUAUGAGUGAUUGAAUGGCCAACAUACAACCUGCCACUGAGGUGCAUUUUUGGACAGACGGCACACCUCUGGAAGACUACUGUUUCAGACUGAUAGCAGCACCGCAGACCCUCAUCAUCAGACAGACACAGGGAGAGGACACUGAUCCAAUCUUGGCAAAAAUGAGCUUGGCUCGGAUCCAUGAUAAACACAAGCUAAAGAAAUACUGGGAGGAGAAAAUCGAAAGUCACAGCGAUAUGAUGGGGAGUGAGGAAUCCAGAAUGAAGAGCAGUGCUUUAUCAAAGCUGCGGGACGAGUGGCUCAGGAGGCUGAUGCUUCGGGACCAGCAGCUGGAGCGUUCCGAAGAGAAACACAUCAGGAGGGCCAAGAUGUCCCAACAGACCUUCAAGAUACCCAGUCAAUGAUAUUCGAAUCUGCAUUCUAGAAUCGACAUCAUUCAAAGCCACCUGACUGAGGUCAUGAUACGUAGAUUAGCCUGGGUGCCAUCUCUGUUCAGAUACUACAUUCCACUCAUUGCAACUCCUGUCAUUUUCCAAAGACAAUCAUUGGCAAAUGACAGGAGUGACAAGGAGUGGAAUAUUAGCUAAAAAGACUGGUACUCAGACUAAUGAUGUAGGGCUAACUAGGACUAGCUUCUCCAUUUCAGAUGAUGACAUUAAGACUAUAGAUUGAGGGGAAAUACUGUACUGUAACUGAAGUGAAGUUUACUUCUUGUGAGGGAGAUGGUAUGGCAGAGUGUCAAAUGGAUGGGAUGUCACCGAAUGAUUAGUUGCAGAGCCAUGCUGUACAGACUUUUUCAUUAACACUCAUUUUGUAGUUUUGAGGCGACCAUCUGUUGUGCAGUAAAAUAAGUGCAGGGGAGUAUGUGAAGACUUGACUGUACAUCAGAGUGACAGUCGUGGUGACAGGUGGGGUAAUUAUUAUUUUUUGUUACUUUGUUCGGAGUGUCGGAGGAAUACACAACGUGAUCGGGAGGAAACAUGAUGAAGACUGACAGAAUAUGGUUUGUUUUUUUCAAGAAAGAAAAGUAUGGAAAGUACAGAGACACCAUAGAAAUGUGUCCAUGUCCCAAUUUCCAGGCUUGAAUAUAGAUAGAAUUUCAUAACGUUUAACAUAAUUUAUCUGCAACAUUGAGAGAGGGGAAAGCAUCUAUUCUGAGGCAUGUGAAAUUUAAAGAACUAAUUUGAGUAAAUAAAAAUGCAUGUGGACAGUU